CACUGAGCUAUGGCGUGCCUGACAUUCCAGAAAGGCUAUGUGAUCUGACAGUGGAAAGUGUGCUCCCCAAACACUUCACUCCUGGCACACCGGCUCCUUGUACAAUUGUGCCCUCUGUGAGCGGAGACAUUACAUUAAUUUAUCUGUGAUGCGUCCCCUGGGAUAGGACUCUUAGGAUCUUUCCCUGCCGUCUCCAGAGCAAGAUUUAACUGUCGUAUUUGAGAGCCACACUUCGUCAUUAUGAGAUGUCGUCCUUAACUGCUUCGUUUGUACAAAUUAAAUUCAAUGACUUGCAGUUCUAUGAAAGCUGUGGCGGUGGAAGCUUCGGGAGUGUUUACAGAGCGAAAUGGCUAUCGCAAGACAAAGAGGUGGCGGUGAAGAAACUUCUGAAGAUAGAGAAAGAGGCAGAAAUACUUAGUAUGCUCAGUCACAGAAACAUCAUCCAAUUUUAUGGAGCUGUACUCGAACCCCCAAAUUAUUGCAUUGUUACAGAAUAUGCUGCUGGUGGAUCGCUAUAUGACUUCAUCAAUAGCAACAGAAGUGAAGACAUGGAUAUGGAACACAUUAUGGCAUGGGCAACUGACGUAGCUAAAGGAAUGCAUUACUUACACAUGGAAGCCCCAAUCCGCGUAAUUCACAGAGAUCUCAAGUCUAGAAACGUUGUGAUAACCCUCGAUGGAGUACUAAAGAUUUGUGACUUUGGUGCCUCAAAGUUUCAUUCCCACACAACUCAUAUGUCCCUUGUAGGGACGUUCCCUUGGAUGGCACCAGAAGUAAUCCAGAGUCUUCCAGUAUCUGAGACAUGUGACACAUACUCUUAUGGUGUGGUUUUGUGGGAAAUGUUAACAAGAGAGGUUCCGUUUAAAGGCUUGGAAGGAUUGCAAGUGGCUUGGCUCGUGGUAGAAAAAAAUGAGAGAUUGACCAUACCCAGCUCCUGUCCUAGAAGUUUUGCAGAGUUGAUGCGCCAGUGCUGGGAUGCUGAGGCAAAGAAAAGGCCGUCAUUUAAACAGAUUAUUUCAAACUUGGAGUCCAUGUCGAAUGACAGCAAGCUGCCAGACCAGUGCAAUUCAUUUUUGCAUAAUAAAGCUGAAUGGAGAUGUGAAAUUGAAGAAACACUGGAUAGGCUGAAGAAACUGGAGCGAGACUUGAGCUUUAAGGAACAAGAGCUGAAAGAGCGAGAGAAUCGUUUAAAAAUGUGGGAGAAAAAGCUGACAGAACAGUCUCACACUCCGCUUCUGCCCUCCUUUGAUAUAUAUUCAUGGACUGAAGAAGAUGUGUUUUUUUGGGUACAACAGUUGGGGAAAACAGAUGAUGGCUCUGGUUUGCAGAGCGCUUAUCCCUUUCUAUUUAAAGAACAUCAUAUUACGGGAAAGAGAUUGCUCUUACUGGAGGAGAAUGAUUUGAAAGAUAUGGGCAUAGUGUCCAAAGGUCACAUCAUCCAUCUGAAGGCUGCAAUUGAAAAACUGACAUAUGAUUACCUGACUCUCUUUCAUUUCCCUCCAUUAAUGAAGGAUCUUACUUUUGAAAAUGAAGAUGAAGAGAGGACAGUGAAUUUAGAACUUGUCUUUGGAUAUCACUUGAAGUCUGGAAACAGCCGAGAGGAUUGUAAAUGGAAACUGUACAUGGAACUUGAUGGGGAUGACAUUGCUAUAACCUACAUUAAGGAUGUGACAUUCACAAGAAGUCAACCUGAGACCGAGGUCCUAAGGAUGUCCAAGCCACCAUUUGUCAUGGAGAAGUGGAUUGUGGGAAUCGCAGAAAAUGAGUAUGUUGAGUGCAUUGUGAACUAUGAGAGUGAAGUAAGGACUCCUAAAUUAACUAGACACGUUCAUAAAAUUCACUGGAACAAGAUGAAAAACGAAGAUGCAGUGAAGCCGGUCCAACUGGUCAUUAAGUCGUCGCUGCUAAAUUCUGAGACCAAACCUAACAACGAUUCCAAUGUCGACUUACAAUGGAUUUACACUUUAAAAAUGCGUCAGCUGGCCGUGCAGUCUCCAAGUCCCACUGGUUUACCUCGUUCCCAGUCUUCCAGUCUUACCAACCUGUCCAAGUUGUUACCAUAUCUUCACAAUCAAGAUUCCUAUGCUGCUGCCCUCAGACGAACACGGGUGACAUCUACAUUACAAGUCACACCUAUCAAUUACUCCCGCAGUUCUUCACCAACACAAUUAGCAAUUACCAAAAAUCUGUCUUCCUUGUCUAUCCAAAGUUCUAAAGGCAGCAGUGCAUCCAGUACGGCUUCUGAUAGCCCCUCCGAGAGGGAAAGGGCCAGAAAGAGGGCGAACGGCACAUAUCACCACCAAAACAUGCAUACUCCAUCAACACCAAGAAGAGUGGAUAAGAAGAGCUCUCAGACAAGCAGUGGAAAACACAAACCAUAUACAACAUCGCAGAGUAAUCCACGGUUUAACGAUUAUAAACCACAUAGAGCAAGCCAAAACCAAAGUAGACACAUACCAGGACUGCCAGGGCCACCCUCCGGUGCUGCCAAAGGAGAAGAAAACAAGGUUAACAAUGAUGGAGGGUGGAUAAAGGUAGAAUAUUCCAAGAAAAGUCAUAAACCACAGAGCACAAACAAGUCAAAAAAAGAGAGACCCAGGCUGCCCAGUCGUAGUAGUCGACAAUAGUGCUGUUUUGCGUCUGCUAUUUAUUUUUAAAGAUGCUAGAUUUUAUCUUAAUUGGACGGUUUAUCCACAAAUAUCUAUACUAUUUUAAAUAUAUAUUUUCUAUAUUUAUAUUUUUAUAUGAAACUGACAUGGUUUCUCUACUUCUAUUCAUAUUGCAAUCUAGAAAUAAA